UUACUCUCCAGAGUUUCGUAGACCUUCUUUCGCGGUAAUGGAAGACGACCACAACAAAGGGAAAAACCAGCAAGAGAAAGAGCAAGAGGAGGUGCGGUACCGAGGGGUGAGGAGGAGGCCGUGGGGAAAGUACGCGGCGGAAAUCCGAGACCCAAGUAGGAACGGAGCGCGGUCAUGGCUCGGGACGUUCGAGACCGCGGAGGAAGCAGCCCGGGCUUACGACAGGGCGGCUUUCAAUCUGAGAGGGCACAUGGCGAUCCUGAAUUUCCCUCACGAGUACUACGCGAGAGUCAUGGGGUCUCCACCGUACCCGCCUGGGAUCGCGACUUCGAUGGCUGGUUCUUCAGCAGGGGCGUCCUCAGGUAACAGUAAGAAAGAGCGCGGAAAAGAGAAGGAGGUUUUCGAGUUCGAGUGCUUGGACGAUAAGAUAUUGGAGGAUCUUCUAGAUCAAGAAGAAGAGCCGAAGAAGAAAUGACGAUCGAGUUGUUGACUUUUAACUUUUAUGGAGAUCAAUUAUUCCCGAGCGACCGAAAGGGGAUGGUGACGCAAGAAGAUGAAGGUUCAAAGACUAACUUGAGCCACUGAUUGGAGCAUCUCAAGACUAUUUGGUUGUCAACAUUGCUUAGAAUCACUAACCCCUUUAUAAUAUGACAGAAUAUGGUACUUGGCAGAAAUUAUUGUGUCUCAAAGAA